AUAGGAGUAUAAGGUUGGGAUAUAUUUCACUGCUGUGUGUGAUCUUUGUGACCUGUUGAUAUUUCGCUUCACUGAUCAGAAUUCACCAGGACUAUUUGGACUAACAGACGUGCACUCUUAGUUUUAAUUAUUUUACAAUUUGAAUGAUGCACAACGCUCAUCCAUCACCGAACUCUUGAAUAUGAACGCCACGCUGUUCCUGAACCUAAGCCGCGAGGAGGAGUUGGACAUCUCCUCCCCAGAGGACUUGGCUCCAGCGAGACCCAGACUGCAGCUGGGCGUGCAGGCGGUGGUCACCGUGUGCUACGCCGUCGGGAUCAUCGGUAACAUUCUCGCCCUCGUCAUCAUUGGCAAGUCAGAGACGAAGAAGUACAAAAAACAAACGCUGCUGCUGCGCUGCUUGGCCACCAACGACCUGGUGGCGUUGCUAGGGUCGUGCCUGCAGAUGUACGUGACGCUGUACUUCAGGGUGGGGUCCACUAAAUGGUCAUGCGCCGUCAGGGUGGUUCUUAGGGUCUUCGGGCUUGGCUCUGGCUUCGUCGCGCUCGCCAUGGCUGUCGAGCGCUGGCUCGCGCUCUCCCAUCCAUUUUUCUACCAAAAGAACGUGACCCCGGGAGGCUUGCUGAAGUUUGUGUUGGGGUUAUGGGGCACCAACGCCGCGCUGGUGUGCUGCCCACUUUUGGGUUUCGGUUUGUGGUACGACGAGACACUAGCGCGCCCCUGCGCCAGAUACCGAGACGCCUCGCGCCCAGGCGACGUGGCAUACGCCUACCUCGUCUUCUGUCUCGGCAUGGUGAUGUGUGCCGUGAUCGUGGCUUGCAACGUGUCCGUCAUUAAGGUUUUGUGUCACGUUGGCAGGAGCCGAAACGAGCCCAUGAGGUGCUCAAGGGCAUCCUAUGCCAUGCAGAAACAGUCUUCAUUUUCGCGUGAUAGCUAUCGGUCUUCUAAAAAAAUGGACAGGCCACCAGACGGCCACGAAGGAAAAAUUGACGAAGAACUUCCACUGGUUGGAAAUGAAACUCAAAACACUGACCCAAAAGAGAAAACCCUUUGUAUGCAAGAAUUGAGAUACAGCGAUGUAGAUGUCGACGCUAAAUGCAAAAUACAAAAAGUCGAGCAUGAGUACGUACAGACCAACAAUCAGGGAAGUACGAUUUCUAAAAGUUGCUACAUACCUCCAAAUCCCGUAAAAGACGCGGAUAAGCCUACUUUAAUGGAACAGGAGAGUGUGUCGUUUAUGGACGCUAGGUCAAGUCUUCGUAGGUAUCUGGCCAAAGGCAGCAGCAAAAUACUUCGGAGAAGCUCUUCAGUCUCGAUAAGCAAGCGCUACAAGCACGCCACGCAUGAGGAGCAAUCUUUUGCCAAGCUUAUGACAGUGCUGAGCAUCGUGUUUCUCAUCUGCUGGAUGCCACAGUUUUUCACCAUACCUGCCUCGCAACAAAAGUGGUUCGGGGACAACCCUAAAGUUUUCAGGAUAGCUGAUAUUUUAAUAGCACUCAACUUCGUUAUUAAUCCCUACGUAUAUGUGAUUCUCCGUCGGAGGCGUAAACAAAAGCGACGCUACAUCCAUGAAUGCGGAAAGUUUUGCCGGAGUUGCACAUCCUCUUGGCGAUCUGUCACUUGUCGGUCGGGGCGACGUUCAGAGAUGCCGGAGAAGCAGCAGGCGUCAACGCUGCAAGACGCGGCCAGCUUGCAGGAUGGACUCUAAGAGAAAAUCGGCAUUUGAAGGGAGGGUCUGCAUUGACGGCUGCUGACACAGCGAACGGUGUUAUAGAAGACAUCAACGAGGUUCACCUUUGCAUGAGGAAAUCCUCUUCUUUGAUCCAAGAAAUAUCAGCAUUGAUAAAAAAAACACAUCUAGUACAAAGAUUUAUCUGAUAUUUAGAAGGAAAAGACAAAAAUGUCAAAUAGAUUUAGUAGUGGCUCAGCUUCCACGAGUCCAUGUCAGAGGCCAGUUUUACUCACUUCAUAUUACUUUCCAUGGUCAAGCACGCUAUGGAGGGCAUUGCAGCUUAUGAAUUCAAGUCACCACCGAUAAAUCAUGCUUGCUCUUGAGCGAUGCAGACUUGCAUCUGGCCUACCUAUUUUCUUAUUUUUCUAUUCGA